ACACCGAAGAGGAACUUGCAAAGCGGCUCUGUACUCGGGCGCUGUUUCCCAACAGGGACCGCGCACCGCGCGUACUUUGGGGCAGGCCUCCAGGAGUAGGCGGUCCUACGCAUGCGCAGUCCCCCCCUUGGCAGCUAACGCAGGAGGCGCGCUUCUUGUUUACGCCAGCUGGGCUGGGUUAACUUUGUUUCCCGCUGGGGUCCUGAGCCAUACCUGCGUGCCUCGGGUGCUGUGAAAACGAGAGACGGGAGACCGAGUUCCUGCCGGGGUGGUGUUUGGACGCCUCUGGCUGCAGGGCCUAAGGACUUUCCUGCAGAUGGAAGAACUAGAACAAGACUUGUUGAUGCAGCCAUGGGCAUGGUUACAGCUUGCUGAGAACUCACUCUUGGCCAAGGUGUCUAUCACCAAGCAGGGUUAUGCCUUGCUGAUUUCGGAUCUUCAACAGGUGUGGCAUGAACAGUUGGAUGCUUUGGUGGUCAGCCAGCGAGCCAAGGCGCCCUGUACUGCUGCUUCUCCCCAGGAGCUGAACAAGCGCCUGACCGCCCCGCCCGCAGCCUUUCUUCGUCACCUGGAUGAAGUGCUUCGCCCGCUGUUUAACGAUUCUGCCCCCCAGGACACUGCUCUCCCUGGCAAAGCCACCUUCUCCUGUGAUCACGUGGCGGAGGCACUGAUUCUGCGGGUGCGGAGUGAGCUGUCUGGUCUUCCCUUCAAUUGGCGUUUCCACUGUAUUCCAGCUAGUUCUUCACUGGUCUCUCAGCAUUUGAUCCGUCCUCUGAUGGGUGUGAGCCUGGCGUUGCAGUGUCACGUGAGGGAGCUAGCCACGAUGCUUCGGAUGAAGGACCUUGAGAUCCAGGCCUACCAGGAGAGCGGGGCGGUGCUGAGCCGAAGUCGGUUGAAGACAGAGCCAUUUGAAGAAAAUUCUUUCUUGGAACAGUUUAUGGUAGAGAAACUGCCAGAGGCAUGCGCUGUUGGUGAUGGAAAGCCUUUUGCCGUGAAUCUGCAGAGUCUGUAUGUGGCUGUCACCAAGCAGCAGAUCCAAGCAGCGCAGGAGAGAAGAGGCUCUGGAGAGACUCAGACAUCCAGCAACAACUCCCCUCAAGGAACUGAUAGCCAGCUUCCGAACCAGCCCGAGCAGCCAGUGUCUUCCACUCCAACCCUCACAGAGCCUGAAUAUGAGCCCCUGGCUACUUCAGGCCCUAGGCAUAGACCUCAGCUGGCAAAGCCCAAGAGGAAGAAGCCAAAGGGACUCUUCAGUUAACUCGCCAUGUCUCAGCCACCAAGAAAGGAGCAGAACAGCUUCCCAGCAUCCUCUGGAAGGGAGCUUGCAUGGCAGAGCAUCCCUCAGAGCUGCAGUGGGAGACGCCAGUCUGUGUCGAUAGGCCGCCCGAAUGAGGAAUUCAUCAGUGGAAGCCUGACUGCAACUCAGCCGGUGUUGGCGUGCCGAAUACGAGUGGAGCCAGCUUCUCAUCCAGUGCCAUUCUUCCUCCAGAAGCAGCACCCUGCGGAGAAGUUAGAUACAUAAAGCAAGUGCGCAAAGAGGCGCACCCUCAGGAUGCCUGUCUGCCUCUCGCAGGGGUCCCCACAUGUCCUUAGAAAGCCGCUUCUGUCUCAACACAGAAUAAAAAGAUCCCCACACUC